AUGAUUCUCGGUCGAUGGAGUGAGAAAUGGAACACCUCUUGUAAGAUAGUGGUGCACUGGCAUGGCACCUGCCCCAUGCCUUGCCCUCACACCUUCCUACAUUACCCACGCACCCUUACCUCACACGCGCCACCCCCCCUUCACACCACCAGGUACGGCACCUCCAGCAUCCUCUGCAACGAUAGUGCCACCUGCCCUGCCGCCUCUCCACCGCCCGCCAGCCCGUUGCCCCCUCCUGCUCCGCCAGCCAACUCGUCUGCGCCCAACGCCACCUGCCACGUGUGCCAGAGCUACUGCCUCGGUUGCUCCUCCUCUCCCUCUGCUACCACCACCGACUCCACCAGUGGUCUCUCUGCGGGAGCCAUAGCAGGGAUAGUUGUGGCAGCACUUCUUGCACUAGUCGCCCUCGCCCUCCUCCUCUGGUUCCUCUUCCGCCCAUCUGAACCUGGUACGUCCCUUUGUAGCGUGCGAACAGUACUCACUGGUGGACAUCCAACAGGCUACCAACUUCUUUUCAUAGUGUGCUCUCAAAUGACUUCAAGGAAGAGGUACGGGGAGUCAAACGGAUUGUUCUGUGUGGACCUGUGUGGACCCGUGUGGGCUGGUGGUGUGGACCAGUGCGGGCUGUUGCGGACCAGUGCGGACUGGUGUGGACCAGUGCGGACUGGUGUGGACCAGUGCGGACUGGUGUGGACCAGUGCGGACUGGUGUGGACCAGUGUGGGGCGGUGUGAACCGGUGUGGACAAGUGUGGACCAUCAACUGUGCUGCCAUGCUCUCCAACGACUUCACACAAGAGGUGAAAGCGAUGGCACGGCUGCAGCACCCGACCCUAGUGCCACUGCUGGGGUACUGCAUCGACUACAACGAGAUCAGCAGGCAGAUGGAGCAGAUCAUCGUGUCUCAGUUCAUGCCCAAUGGGGACCUCUCACACAGGACCAGUCCAGGGGCCAAGCCCAUCUCAAAAUCUUGGCCUCCUCAUCUUCCCAUACCCCCGCCGCACCUCCCAGGGGCGAAGCCCAUGCCGCUGCGUGCUAAGGUGGCAGAUUUCGGUUUUGGAGUGCUGGUGAUUGAGCUGCUGACAGGAAGGGAGCCCAUACUCUCCGUCGAUGGCUCUCAGUCGCACAUCUGCGAAUGGGCAACAGCAGAGCUCUCCAGCAGUGAUGUCAGCUCCAUCAUAGACCCGCGCAUGGCCUCCCCUGCUGUGUCUACCGGUGAUGUCACCAUGGUGCAUUCUGACGUCAUGCAGAGCCUUGCAUCCCUGGCGUUGGCAUGCACUGCCAUGCCCGCUGCCUCGCGCCCCUCCAUGGUCAAAGUGCUCUCACAGCUGAAGCAUCUCUACGAGGAGGUGGUAAGGCGGGAGAGGGAUAACGGACUGGGGCAAGGGAGUGGGUUUGUAGGAGUUGAUAUGGGUGUGGGAGGAGUGGGAGGGAUGGUGAAGGAGAAGUGGGAGAGCCCAGCAGAUGGGGCGUCAGCGGUGAGUGUGACGCCAGUGACAGCUGUGAGGGAUACAAUAGGCAGCUUGGAAGGGAAUGAGAGCUCCAGUGCUGGAGAGGGGACGAGUGGAGAGGCGAGUGGGAGUGCGGCUGGUUAUCGCAACUGA